AUGAAACGCAAAUUAGAUGCCAAUGAUGUUCCCGCCCCGGCGGAGGAUGUUGAGAAAGAGGUCGAGAAGGUAGGAAAGGGAACCGCCGAUGUGUCGACAUUUAUUGGCUUGGGUCUGGAUUCUCGUCUUCUGCAGGGCAUCGCGCAGCAAAAUUUCCAAACGCCGACUUUAGUUCAGAGCAAGGCAAUUCCACUUGCAUUGGAGGGAAGGGAUGUUUUGGCCAGAGCAAAAACGGGCUCCGGGAAGACAGCUGCAUAUUUGCUACCCAUUUUGCAUAUGAUUUUGAAGAGGAAAGAGGCAUGUCUUUUGCGACCCCGCGAGAUGACUUUUUACUGACCAUUUCUAGAUUUCUGCUACGCAAUGUACAUCUGCAUUGAUACUCGUACCAACCCGUGAGCUUGCCGACCAAGUUACCAAGGCUGUCGAGGCAUUCUCUUCGUUCUGCGCAAAGGAUAUUCGAGCUAUCAACCUUACUCAAAAAGGUUCCGAUGCGGUUCAACGAUCCCUCCUCGCGGAUUCCCCAGAUAUUGUUAUUGCGACACCAGCCCGAGCUUCUACAAACCUAAUAAACGCGGCGCUGUCUCUUGAGAACUUGGCUCACUUGGUUAUUGAUGAAUCGGAUUUGGUGCUUUCUUAUGGUUAUGACGAGGAUCUACAAAGUGUCGCCAAGAUCAUGCCCAAUGGUGUACAAACAAUCUUGACCAGUGCUACGUUGACGAGUGAGGUAGAAACUCUGAAAGGCUUGUUCUGUCGGAAUCCAGUGGUUUUGAAACUUGAGGAGGCCGAAGAGGAGGGUGAAGGUGUUAGCCAAUAUGUCGUAAAGUAAGUCGGGUUGAGAAGAUUUUAUCCAUUUCCCGAUAAAUACUGACCGAAUUAUAGAUGCGCAGAGGACGAAAAGUUCCUGCUUCUUUAUGUCAUUUUCAAACUCCAAUUGAUCAAGGGGAAAUGUAUUAUUUUCGUUGCCGACAUUGACAGAUGUUACCGAUUAAAGCUUUAUCUGGAGCAGUUCGGAAUAAGAAGUUGUAUUCUCAAUUCUGAGCUUCCUGUUAAUACAAGAAUUCACGUGGUGGAAGAAUUCAACAAGAAUGUGUACGACAUCAUCAUCGCUUCGGACGAGCACGAAGUGUUGGGCGACGAAGAGACACCCAAAGUCAAGGAGGUCAACGAGGAUGUUGCCGAGGGCGAGAAGGUGGAGGCUGCUCCAAAACAACCUUCAAAAAAGAAGCGGAGGACUGUAGAGAAGGACAAGGAAUACGGGGUUUCUAGAGGAAUCGACUUCAAGAAUGUCGCCUGCGUUUUGAAUUUUGACCUACCAACAUCUUCAAAAUCGUACACCCACCGAAUUGGACGUACAGCCCGAGCUGGUCAAACCGGAAUGGCACUGUCAUUCGUUAUUCCCGCCGACAAAUACCGAAAACACGUACCGACAAGUAUCGAAUCAUCAAAGGAUGACGAGAAAGUCCUGGCGAAGAUAACCAAACAUCAAACCAAGAAAGGAAAGGAAGUCAAGCCAUACAAAUUCGACAUGAAGCAAGUUGAAGCUUUCAGAUAUCGGAUGGGCGAUGCCUUGCGAGCCGUGACGAGAGUUGCGAUCCGUGAGGCUCGUACCAGGGAGUUGAGACAGGAAUUGAUGAAGAGCGAAAAGCUGAAGCGGCAUUUUGAGGAGAACCCUGGUGAUCUUCAUCAUCUCAGACAUGAUGGGGAGUUGCGAGCGGCAAGAGUCCAGUCGCAUUUGAAGCAUGUGCCCGAUUACCUCUUACCGGAGGGUGGAAAGAAAGCACUUGCAGCGGGUGAGGUUGGAUUCGUUGGGUUUAAGAAGGCAGAUGGUCGAAGGAGGCAGAGAUCUGUGAAAGGACGGGGAGGGAAGAAAAUCGGGGCAAGGAAGAUUGAUCCUUUGAAGUCAUUCAAGGGCAAAUCGAGGAAGUAG